AUGGACGUCGUGCCUUAUCCUCAUGAGGAAGGCUACGACACCUUUCAGGAGUCCGUCUAUGUGUUCUAUUCUCACGAUCACCGCUUUAAGCUAGGGUAUCUGCUUCCUCUUGUCGUCACGGAAUUAGAUCGCUCGGGCCUUGUAUCUGUGGACAAAGACAACCGAAGCGUCCAGCUUUCUUCAGAACUAUCUACUGCGGAGCUCAGAUCCGACAAACUGAAUCGAUUGGCCAGGGAAUGGAAGAACGCUGGACUGUUCUCCACUCUUGACGGCUGGAGAAACGAGUUGUACACGAUAUAUACCCCGGAGAAGGAGCCGUACAUGUACCUGGAGCGAGCACUAUGUCCUCUUCUGGGUGUGGUGAUGUACGGUGUUCACAUCAACGGUUAUGUACGUACUAAGGAGGGCUUGAAGCUCUGGAUACCCAGAAGAUCUGCCACCAAACAAACGUUUCCAGGGAUGCUCGACAACACCGUAGCCGGUGGACUUGGAUACCCGCAUGGGCUAAUGGAGACGUGCAUCAAAGAGUGCUAUGAAGAGGCAGGAUUGACGGAGCACGUUGUCAAGCAGAGUGUGCGCAACGUUGGCGUAAUGUCAUUCUUCUACCAGUCAGUAAAGGGUGAUUAUACUACAGAGGCGGGCUUGCUCCAGCCCGAGGUAGAAUAUCUUUACGACCUGGAAAUGAGCGGCAAGACGCUGCCAAGUCCUGUGGAUGGUGAAGCUGAGGAUUUCCAGCUGCUGGAUAUUCCCAAAAUAUGUGAUCUCGUUAAAUCCGGGCAGUUUACGCCAACGUGCUCGGGAGUUAUAAUAGACUUCUUGAUGAGACAUGGGUAUCUCUUGCCCGAAACGGAGCCCGAUUAUAUUGAGCUUGCUUCUAGACUGCACAGGAACCUGCCGUUUCCUCUUCGCUAG